CAAGGUUUAUUGUUAUAAAGACAUCUUACCAAAGGAAUUAAUUCAUGACCUAUUAGAAUUUCAUAUAGUUCCUAAUAUGCAGCCUAGAACUAAUCUAGCGCCUUCAAGAAAGCCAAAUUUAAAAUUUAAACUUGAUUCAACCUUAAUUGAAUCAAAACACAUUCCUCUUUUCGCAUCAUGGAUUGAUAAAAAAAUUUCUUCUCAUUAUGAUAGUAAAAAUAUUCCCUAUGAAUUUAAUUUAUUAUAUCGUUCAAGUCGGGAUGGAUUUAAUUUCGAAACAUUUCAUAGGAAUUGUGAUAACAAAGGAGCUACUAUUUGGAUAGCCAAAAUUCAAGGAUCAACACAAUUAAUUGGAGGUUAUAACCCACUUGAUUGGAAUGGAAAUAAAGCGAAAAUUACUACAAAUAGUUUUCUAUUUAAUUUUACAGACGGAAAAGAUACUUCUAGUGCAAAAUUGGGAUUGGUGAAUAAUAAUUGUGAUGGAGGAUAUGAUGCUGUUUAUUGUUAUAAUGAUCAAGGACCUAGUAUGGGCGGCUUAGAUUGCUAUGCCAAUAAUAAUUGGGAAUAUGAUACCGGGAGUACUCGUUAUCCUAACAUAGGUAUUCCAGCAAGUUUCAUAGUGGAAAAUUAUGAAGUAUUCCAAGUGAUUCAAUAAAAUAUUAAAUUGAUUAUUCUUCUACUUUAUAC